UUUGAAUGCUAGCAUCGCUCCGAAUCCGAUUCCAAAACCGAAACUAAAUCCAACGAACUCGGUCGUGUUUACCCUUAGUGUCAGAAAUAUUUUUCGUUUGUUUUUUUGGUGCAGAAUAUUAAAGAGUGCAUCUAUACAAUCAAAAUUGGAUAGUGUGAAAAGUCGCUGUGAAGGCGCAUUAUUACCUGGAAUCGCCAUGAAAGUAGCAUUGAUAUUGGGCACUCUGAGUGCUUUUCUGUGCCUGGCCAGCGCUUUGAGUCCGUCGGAGUCGAGCGGUUCGAAGGGCAAUGGCUUUCCCAAAAAAGUGACCACCCUGAAAAAGCGGCCAACCAAAACGCCAGCCACGGUGCCCAUUUCCACCAGUAGGGGAACCACUCUGAAGCCCAGCAAGCCACGCAUGAAGAUUGUUAAGGCCGCAGCCACAGGGAGCACCACCAAAGCGCCGGUCUUGACUGAGACAUUUGGCAAUCUGCCCGCCGAUGAUCUUGAAUUCAUCAAGGAACUGGACAAGCAGUUUAAAUUGCACGGCGACAAGAUCAAGAUCAAGGUGGAGAGGGACAACUCCACGGGCAGUGUUGGCAAGAACAGCAAAAGGACCAUUGAGGGGGAUUUGGGGUACGGCUACUCACAUCCUGGCUACGAUUACUCGCCACCCAAGUUCAUGUUCUAUCCGUACUCCCAGCAUGACAUACCCUCGGGCUUUGCCCAUCCCCAGCCACUUCCGGAGGAGCAACUUCCGGAGGAGCCACAGCAGCCGGCACAGCAACCGGCACAGCAUCACCACCAAAAUCAUGAGCAGGUGACCAGCGUGACCAUUGAACCUUCUUACUCCUACGAGCUGAAACCGCAGACCAGCUAUGAAACCCAGCCACAGCACACUGCCCCCGAACAGCCUCAGAUUGAUCUGCCGCAGGAUGAGGCGAAGGGUGUGGGUGGCGGUGCUGGUUCCGGUGGUUACCAGGAACCCGUCAUUGUCCUCCGUAUUCCCGGACCCGCCAAGUACGCAGCCCACUUGCAAACCCUUCUCCAGCAGUAUCUCGAGAUCAGGGCGGCGCAGUACCUCAGUUUGCUCCAGGAGGCAGAACAGCAGCAGCAGCAACAGCAGCAGCAGCAACAUGUGGAUACCCCGCAAUAUGGGCCACCAGAACCUGCUAAUUACCACCAGGAGGUUAGCUAUGCCCACCAGCUGGCACCCACUCCCGCUUCCGUGCAAUAUGCACCCAUCGACGAUGUCUAUCAGAGCUACAAGGGGCGCCACCAGCAGCAGUUGCAACUGCAACAGCAGCAGUAUGAGCCGCAGCCAUACUACGCACCAAUGGACUAUCAGCAACCCACCCAUUUCUACUAUGCCCAGCCACAAUCUCAUCUGCAGCAGCAACCCCAGCUCUAUCUGAUCGCAAUGGCCCAGCCGGAACCAGAACCAGAACCACAACAACAUCAGCAUGUACACCAGCAUCAUCAGCAGCAGCAGCAGCAUCAUCAGCAGCAGCAUCAUCAGCAGCAGCAACAUCAGCAGCCAAUAUAUGUGCCUGAAUCUGAUCCACCCACUGCUCCUGGAGGCCCGGAACAAGAACCGGAACCGGAGCACAGCCUGCCCAUCACGGAGAACAAUCCACGACCCACCCACACAAAGGUCAUCUUCAAUCCCUAUCCAUAUCAACAGCAGCAACAUCAGCAACACCAGCAAGAGGAGCAGCACAUUCAGGAACAGGGGCCACAUUCUGAUCUCGAGGAGCAGCCACAAUCGGAGGGCGAGCGUCCCUUCAACUACCACGCCCAUGGACUCAAGAUGCGUCCAGGAAAGAGGGCGGCUAAGCCAGAGCCUGCGGAUGGGGAGGGGGGUUCGAAUUCCGGCGACGUAAGACUGCAACAGAUUCGAGAGUACGUGAGGGAGAAACUGGGCGCCGAAAUGGGUUCGGCUGUGGAAUACAAGACAACGCAGCUGCUCGAGGGCUAAAAUUCUGAUUCACAUCAGCCUGGGGGGAUGGAUAUUCACUAGAAAGAAUGAAUUUAGCAAAAUAGAGCACGUACAAGUGUCAACUUCAUGUCCAACGAAAUAAUUUUCCAACUUGACACUUGGUUAAGUUCGAAAAUAUAUUAUUUGCGAGUGCAGAAAACAUCUCUAGAUAUUUAACACCUCCUGAAAAUAUGUUUGAAAGUAUGCUGGGAAACCAAUAAUUUUAAAAUAUAUUGUAGUACACUGUCAAACACCUUUGCUAGUGAUUUUUAACCUUCAAAUAUUUCCUUCGCACCCCUUAAUGUUCAAAAAUAAGUCAUUUAGAUUUCCAAAAUCUCUAGAGAACAAAACACUUGUUAACAUAACGUACGUAAGCUAACUUCCAAUCUUAAAAACAGUUUUAUAUAGAACCAGAAGUAUAUUCUAAAUAAUUUGUUGAAAAUAUUCUAGAGAUUUGAGAAAGACGCCUGCCUUAAGAAACUCAAAAAGAAAUUCAGUGAGCCAGUGAUUUUUAGUGAUGCCACUCACCCCCUGAUUAACUCGUAUUGUUAACACAGUUUGUGGUUGCUUCUUGUGCCUGAUAUCCGUUCAUUAGUAUUUAUUCCAAGCUGGAGGAGAAGGAAGAGCCUGGGGGCCAUCCUCCAGCACAAAACUCAUUUAAAGCCUGUCCACAAUCCUCAAGCUACUAGCUAAAGCAUACUUUUGGGGGAACUCAAUGGGAAAGGUAAGCAUUGUACCCCCAUUCUUAGUGGAGAGGUUUGGGACUGGGGUUCACUCCACACAUUCGCUUUUCAUUAUUUUGUACGACGUUUUUUUUAUGUUGUUUGUAUUGUUA